GAGGUUGCGGGCUUUAAAAGGCGUCGACCAUGCUCGCCUCUUAAGUGGCUAGUGGAGACGAUUGGUGGGCUCAUCUCGGUCCUCGCGUGCCAGGUGGCGACGAGGUAGAUUGUCAGAGGACAGUGCAGCAGUAAACAUGGAAGGAUGUGGAACAAAAGCAUCUUCGAGUCAACAAAAAUAUCGAAUACCAAAGAAGGUAUCAAACGCGCAGUCAGAAGAUGUUUGUGUUCAGUCCCCGUUGUCAAGACUUGCAGACACUCAGCAGUGGGAACAUCCAUUACAAGGGUGGACAUCGAGAAAUAAGAAGUUUUACCCAGACUGGAAGAGAAAAAGACUCUCAGAGAAACGUUGCAUUAAUGAAGGGUCAUCAUUUGGGCAACCCAAAGUUAUCUUGACGAAUGUCCUGAAGACGGAGAUAGGAAGAAAAUACAUAAAGACUCAGCUUAUAACUGAUGAUAAAUUAACUCACGUUGUCAAGUUGCAGUCAAAUCAGCAACCCUCAUCAUCUGUUGACACUGUAGAGAUAUGGCAAAUAUUAAAUCCUCUUCAUCAAAGCCUUUUUAUAUCUAAAAGGCAACCCAAAGUUAUCUUGACGAAUAUUCUGAGGACGAAAACAGGAAGAAAACAGGAACAUCUUUUAACUGAUGCUAAUCUAUCUGAUACUAGCAUGUUGCAAUCAGAUGAACAGCCCACCUCAUCUUUUGCCAGCCUAGAAUCAUGUAGCAAAAAAAGCUCUCAGCAAUGCCGCAUUUUGCCUAAAAGGUAUCAAAGAAGGCCAAAUGACCAGAAACCAUCUAGAGAUGCAGAAAGUGAUAAUGCUUUGGUGACUCUAAGAAGAUGUGAUGUGAUGCUAGAAGACUGCAGCAUAAAGAACAAAGAAGGAAAUCGGCCAGAGAAAGAAAGAAAAGGCUCCAAGAAUCUCUCUCCUGGUUUGAGAGAAGCAAGCUUUCAAAAUAGUGAGAGCAGAAAAAGAAGGGGUGAUGUUUUUUCAAAUCAGUGGAAUCCAUAUUCUCCACAGAAAUCACCACUGGCGAAUAAAGAACAGAAGACAGAACCUGUUCAGUCACCUGGCUGCAUAGGCUCAAACAGGAUUCAGCAGAGUGAUUUGCACAACCCUCAGCAGGAGAAUAUUCCCCAGACUUUAAAAUCAGAUUGCAGUGGAACAUUUAUCAGUAUUAAUCAAGACACUGGUGAAAACGAUGCAAACUCUACUCCCAAGAGAAAGCAGCAUUCUAUCACCAAUAAGGCUGAGCAGAUUUCACAACUUGUGAGCUCUGCUAGGAAGCAGAAAGUGCAUAUAAUUCUCCGCCUGAAAGAGCCGUUGAAUAGAUCUAAAAGGAACAAGGAGACAGCUGAUUCAACUGAGCCAAUUGUCCUUUCUAGUGAUGAUGAAGAAGGAGGAGGUUCUGAAUCAAAAGAUGCUCAUAGCUAUUUCCAGACUGAGAAAGACCAAAAACCAAAGGAGGAAGAAAGAGAACAGGAAUCUGUACUCUCUUUAUCAGAAGAGCUAUUGCUGGACAAAACCGAAAGCAGAGCACAGCAAGUUUCACCUGAAUCUCUUACACUUCACUCCUCUACAGACUGCAGCACAUUCAGUAAACAAAAAGAACUUGCCUUAGAAAUAAAAUCUGAAAAGGUUUAUAUUGGGAAAUAUAAAGGAACAGCAACAGGUUGCAUUAAAUUUACAACCAGGUACAUUAAGAUCCCAUUUGAAGUUACUGCAGAUAAGAAAAUUGAACUAUCAGUGGAUUCCAUGCACUUACAAAGGUAUGGACUGUGGACAAAUAAUGAUUCUACAACUUCAGGGAGUAAUGUUACCAUUUUUCUGUGGCUGUCAUCAGAUUAUGCAGAACAAAUUGAAAAUCAAAUGGAAACGUCUGUAUUAAACAGUCAAGCCAGGAGUAAGACAUUCAUUUUUGUUAAGCUGUCUCAGCCACUCACAGAAGAAGAGCAGAACCUGCUGAACAAAAUAAUGGUGGAAGUGAGCAAGAAGAAUACCUCUCCCAACCUCACUGACUCCUUACCUUGGGAUCAAGCUGUUAAAGACAUUUCGUAUGAAGACAGCGCCUUCAUGGAUGAUUGUUAUGAGUCAUUUCAGCAGCAGUUGCAGAAAGACAGUGCAUCGGUUCUGACUGACCCAGUGGCUCAGGAAUCAAAAUCAGAUCUUACCCAGUUGAAUUAUACUUUACUGCAGAGACAAAAUAGUGGUCGAUACUCCUUUUCUAUCUCUGCAACACAAAGGAAUGAAUGGAAAGAACUGAGAGAAAACAAAGGACUUAUUCAGAACUUGAUCGUUUAUCCUCCUCCACCUGCCAAGGGGGGAUUAGGCGUUACAAGAGAAGAUCUGGAAUGUUUAGAAUAUGGAGAAUUCCUCAAUGAUGUGAUCAUUGACUUUUACCUUAAGUAUCUGUUACUAGAAAAAGCUCCCAGAGAACUGGCUGACCGGUCACACAUAUUUAGCAGUUUCUUCUAUAAAUGUCUAACCAGGUCAGAGAAGAAUUCUGAAGAAAAUCCUAAUCUUUCAAUAGCACAAAGACGACACAGGAGAGUGAAAAGAUGGACUCGACGUAUAAACAUUUUUAAUAAAGACUAUAUUUUUGUGCCUGUAAAUGAAGAGUCACACUGGUACAUUGCAGUCAUCUGCUUCCCUUGGCUAGAAGAAGUUGUAUAUGAAGAUGGUCCACAACCGUGUUCCCUGCAAUCAUGCUUCCAGCAGUUAACAUAUCAGCCCCCAAAAAAUAGCAAUACUUCUAGUGAAGACUCUGUGCUAGUCUUUAAUGAUACCUGGAGUGAUAAAGAGGAGCUAGAUAUAAACUGCAACCUACAGUUGCAAGAUAAUGUUCAGCCAGCAACUGUAUCCCUGGACUUGGAUUCCAAACCUUCUAAAAGCUCUUCCAGCUCUUCUAAAAUGAAGAAAGUUUGUAAACGGCCAUGUAUCCUCAUCUUAGAUUCCCUGAAGGCAAGUUCUGUACAGAAUACAGUUCAGGUCUUGAGAGAGUAUCUAGAAGCAGAGUGGGAAGCAAAGCGCAAGACACCUCGUGAGUUCAGCAAAUCAACAGUGCUCGAUUUCUGUCCAAGAGUCCCCAAACAAGAUAAUAGUAGUGAUUGUGGAGUAUAUUUACUACAGUAUGUGGAAACUUUCUUCCAGAAUCCUAUUGUGAACUUUGAACUUCCAAUGCACUUGGAGCGAUGGUUCCCUCGCCAAGUGGUGAGAAGCAAGCGAGAAGAAAUUAGGGACUUGAUCUUGCAACUUCACUUGCAGCAGCAAAGUGGCAGCAAAAGCUAGCGUGACUUUUCUUCUGAUCUUUCAAAAGAAGACUUGUCCAGGAGUACAAGAAAUCUGAUUAGCAGCGCUUGUACUUUCAGUCUUGCAAAGAAGAAAUACUUGAUUUUAUGUUGUAUUUAAUUUAUAUUGAAAGUCUAUAAAUUGCAGUUUAUAUAAUUUAAAGUAAAUAUUUUGAUAUUGUUUGAUUUUAUUUUAAUUUGGGGACACAGAAACUUUAAAGCAGGAAUAUGCUGCAGAGAUGGGAAAUAUUUUAGCCUUGAGGGGUUCAUUCCCAUCUUUCCAAGCAUUUCUGAAACUGGGGGAGCUGAGCCUGCAUGAGAUGGAAACAUUAUUGAGUCUUCCUGGGGAUGUUUUCCAUGUGAUGUUUUAUAGCCAAUCUAGAUAAUCUUGCAAUUACUACUUCCAUAUUGUGAAAAAGAUGUAUAUUUCUAGCUACUUUUGAAUAAGACAAAAUGCUACUGAUCUGCUUUAGAUUAUCACCGUAUUUCAGAAGAUAAUAUCUAUAAAAACAUUUUAUGUUACAUUUUUUAAAAUCAAGAACAGAAUGUCAAAUUGUGCUUUAAAUUGAGAAAUGUAAACGGGGGUGAUGGUGUCAAAUCUUUUUCAUGUCUAACUGGACAAUGUAUUCCACAUUCAGGUCCUUAAACACUUUCUGCUGUGCAGCACUUAUUUAUGGUAUGAAUACUAUGUAUUUUUCAUAUAUAUUUAUAUAGAGAGAGAGAGAAAGAGAGAGGAAGGUCUAAGGCCAUAUGGCCUUCUCUGUACUGGAAUCAGCUGUAGCUUAUGUCUAGCUAGGUAUUAUCCCAUUGAGAAUUGCUUUACUAUUUUAAUCAUGGUAUUUAUUUUGGGGAGAGGGGAGAAAUGUCAUUAUUAGGCACUUUGACUUCAAUCGUAUGCUCAAGCUGGGACUAAGCCCCAUUUAAACAUUGAAGUUCCAUUUCAGUGACCAAAUUUAAUACAAGGAAAAAUGAGACUCACUCACUUCUACUUUGUUCAAGACUUAUCUUGUUUAGACACACUGUGUAUAGCAAGCUGAAUAUUAGUAAUUGUCCCAAGUCUUUAUACUUGUGGCUAAGACAUUUAUGGAAGAGGUUCAACUGAAGUGAAUCUGCAUAGUGUGAAAUAUAGUUAAAUGUGGAUUGGUCAUGUAUUUAAUAAGCUAGAAGCACUGACUGAAUAAAUACAGAUAUUUUUUCAGAAA